UUCUAGCUGAUUGUCUUCAAUUUACUGCCAAUAUGUUGAAAGGAGAACAUAAAACAGUUUCAAGCCAAACUUUCUUUACAAUUUUGAUCAAACAGUAUUUUUCUUUAUUAAACAAGUUCUGAUAUUUUUCUUUGCGCAGUGGAUAUAAAUCAUUCUAUUUCAGGGGAUUAUAUUUUCAAAAUGAUAAAUUGGACAUCAAACAGCAAGUUUUUCAUUGCCUGCAAGGCAAACAUAACGAUAACUUAUGGAGGAAAAAUAAUUUCGCGAAUUUUACAAAUAUUUUCUGUUUAUUUAAACAUAGACACAGAUGGUUCUCUCCAGCUUCCAUUCACUCCUCCUUCCCAUCCAUUUUACCUUCCUCUUGGUUCAUUCUUUUUCUCUGGGGGUCUAUAUUUCCCUUAUAUCUAAUACUACCUUCUACCCAACAUUACUCUCUAAAACCUCUCCUUCGUCCGGAUUUAUGUUUCCCCCUUUUAAUUCAUCUCUAUUACCUACUUUAAAUUUACUACAGGCAAAAACCCUUCUGGUGACUCUGUCUCUGUUUAUUACAGUGUACAGUGUUACCCUUCCUCUCCCUCUUCCAUCCUCUACUUCUCUUCUCUUCUCUACUCUACAGAAGUUUUUACAACUCAGGUAACAUCUGUUCAACAUGGAUAUCUUAUUCACAAUAAUCAGGAUCAACAGAUGAAUACCCAUAUUAAUGAUCUACAAGUAGAGCAAGCCACACAGAAAACCAGGAUAGAUGGUUUUGACCGCCAGCUGGAGGUCAUGAAAAAUGAGAAAAAUAAUAAUGAAGCAGUCUACAAGGAACUGAGGGAGAGAGAUAGUAGACGAGAAAAUCUGGUUAUUUACCAGAUUCCUGAGGCUGGUAUGGCCGUGAAAGGCAAAAAGAGAAGAGAGUUUGAUGCCAAGAUUUAAAUAGAAAUAAGACAAAAUUUCUUUUCUAUUAAGAGUAAUUUUCCUCUGGAAUGUGACCGGUUUUAAGACUAAAUUGAAGAAGAUUGCCAUUUAAACUACUUUUCUGUGUUAUUAGGAACGGUGUUAUCCAGCAACCUGAUGAAUAACCUAGCGGAAAAGUCACACAGUUCCCAGAGGACAUCAAAGAUGUGUGCACCAUGGACCAAAAGGUCUUCUGUAAAUCACAACACAAGUACCAAAGUUAAAUUUGAAGGAAACAGGUUCAGUGGAGGUAUAAGAGUUUACUUUUCUCUCAGAAACAGUGUUUCAAUGAUUUCCGAGAUUCAGAUUGAAGAUAGAAGAGAAAUCCUUGCAACUAAAUUUACCUUUAAAAACUUGUCAAGUGAGGUUUUACAGGUAAAAAGCAAUACAACUGCAGAGCAAGUGGUUUUUCAUAUUUACAGACAGUUUAGAAUGAGAGAUGAAUUGGAAAAGUUUGCCCUCUUUGAAAGAAAAGACUGUGAGCAGGGGACUAACUUCAGAAAGCUUGACGAUUUUGAGAAACCUCUCCAAUUAAGUCUACAAUGGAUGAAGGAUUUUGCAAGGAAAAAACUGGUAUUUAUGGACAUCAAUCCAAGCAUAUAUAACAAAGAUUCAACAAUUUCCACCGAUGAAAUGGAAGCAGAUAAAACACUAUUACAACAUAUUGCAGAAUUAGAUCAGGCUGAAAAAGCUGCCGAGGAUGAAAUUAAAGAAAGAUUUGAAAAAUAUAAAGAAGCUCUUCAAAAACAAUACAAUACAUUUUAUACUUAACCCAUAAAGUGUUAACAAAUAUUCAAAAAUAAAUUAUGGCAUUGA